UGUGAUAAGACGAUUUAAAAGGGAUCACAAUCAGGGACACAAGUUUAUAUACAGCCAAAACAAAAUAAACUAAACCAUUUUUAAAUACUUUGACGGUCUAUUUUACUAAACUGGCUAGUGCUAUUUUCAAAUCCCUUUUUUUCAUAUCAAGAUUGGUAAGUUUUGUCGGAACGGACGAUUUCAGGUUAUUCAUUGGCUUACUUUCCUAUAUUUUUUCAUAAUUUUCAGGUCCUAAAAUUUUUUAAUUUCUGGGGUAAAUGGUUAUUCGUGAUAAUUGAGAUUAAUUAUUUCAAAAAUGUUAAAAUAUAUCUUUGGCACUCAAGAUUCAGAUAAUGUUUCAUUGCAAAAUGAGCCAACUGUAGAUUACAACAAUACGAUAUAUUCUUUUAAUACACCCAACAACGCAACAAAUUAUGAUAUACCAAAUGAUUAUCGCAAGUCUUCCUGGGCGCCUCUGGUCAUACCCAAUAUUAUUGAUUAUUCCGAUGAUGAAUUAGAAUCAGACGAUGAUAUAAGAAGAGAUUUCAAAAUAGUGAGAGAUAAUUUCACAAGGACUAGUAAUCAAUUGAAUCAAAAUUAUAAUUACCAGGAAUCUUCAAAUUUCUCCUUACCAACCAAUUAUCCAGGUAAAUAUGUUUCGAAUGAACAUGAAGAGUAUCAUAACAAGCCAAGGAAGGAAGAAAAUCUAGAUUACCGACGUUCUGUAUUACCAAACUUUUCUGGUGAGUAUAUUAAUAUAAAUACUGAUUACGUGAAAAGUGAUACUCAAGUAAACAUUGACAAGGAAAUUGCCCAAUUGAAAGAAGGAGUCAAGAAAGAGUUAAAGAAUAAAAAUUCUUCGCCUCAAGAAAUACAAGAUGUUCAACUAAGUUCCAUAAUUGUGAAAAUCAAGAAUCAGAACAAGUUUUUGCAUCAAUUAAAUGAUAUUAUUGAUUUGGACGAUGAACUUCCGGAAAAUUUAUUGAACAAGUAUAAUAACUUAAAAGCUGAUUACAUAAAAGAAUUGAAAAAUAGUCAAAUCUUCUAUCAAGUGUAUUCUAAGUUAUUAACAAAAUACAGACAAUUACGUAAAGAAGGUGCGUCGUCUGCAACCACUAUUCUAACUUCAACUUCAAAAUCAAAAUCAGUUCUUUCACUUAAAGAAAAAGUUAAAUUGAUCAGAUCUUUAUCCAAUCAAAGCUCAAUUAAAAUUACAUGUUCAAACAUUUUGAACGAAUUGGAUAAAUUGGAAGAUAAGGAUAAAACAAUCGAUGAGUUGAGAAAGAAAUUAGAUGAUGCCAAUUUGAAGAUCCAGACUCUUGAGAAAACAAAUAAGCAAUAUUCUUCGAAACUCGAUUCCUAAGAACAAUAGAGGUGAAAAAACUGGUCAUUUAUUAUAUUGUAUUAUUUCACAGUAAAUCAGAUUAAGGACGAUUUGCUUAUUGUAUAUUAUGGACACUCGCAUCUCAUCUCAUAAAAUUUAUUAUGGAAUCACGAAAUUUUUUCAGUUCAUCUCGUAUUAUCUAGCAUAUGUUAUAGUCUUGGGACAUUUGUACUUGGGUUUAGGCUUACCUCUUAAAAUUAUGUAUAGAACGUCGUUGCUUGUAGCGACUUCAGUUGUAUCUUAGAUUGUAUUAUAGAGUUCACAUGGUAAAUAUAUUUAUUUAAGAAGGGUAGCUUGAUGCUGAAGGUAGUUGCUAAUUACUACCGAUUAUAUUUUUUAAUAUUAUCAUCUCUGAAAACAAAAGUGUAAUUACGUCUGUGUAACCAGUUUUAGUUUACGAA